AACAGUCCCAACCAUCUGAAGUGGGAGAUUCAGGAAGCUAUGAUUUCCCACAAUACAAAUUUGGAGCUGUUUGUCAGAUAGAGUGUUCUGUUGGAGACAUGGACGGUUGUAUUCCUGACCAAUUGAAAGAAGAUGCCCCUGACGCGAUGAUAUUCUUCAAAAAAGAUAUGAGUGAUGGACCAAGAGAGUCUGGCUCGUGGCGUUACGAGAUCCCAGCAGGGUUAUCUGGAAACUUCUACCGACUAGCCUCUGAAACUAAAGCUUACUAUGGUUCCCUGGCUGCAUGCCGAGUAAUGGGAGGUAACAUGGCCUGCCCAAGGAAUGAGCUACAGAACCAGAUGAUAAAGACGACUGCUGGAGGAUCUGAAGUAUGGUUAGGAGUGAGUGAUGUGAUGCAGGAAGGUGUCUUCAAGUGUACCAGCGGUGAAACUGCUGACUGGAAUAACUUUGCUGGAGGUGAAGCCUUGAACAAAUUUGAGAGAGACACUGAGGCUGACUAUGUGGCUAUGAAGGAAGACGGAACAUGGGUCGCUAAAGGAGCUCUCAAGUUCAACACUUAUAAGUUACCAGCAGUGUGUGAGAUUAGCUGCACCACUGGUAGUAGUCAGCAGUGCUUCCCUAAUGACCUCUCCGACGUUAAGAAGGUCUAUGUCACUGAUGUAGACGCUUCGACUGAACAGAUUGAUCCUAAUCCCGAGUCAUGGCCAGAAUAUAUGGUGAUCAGUGGGAACCAGAGAGUUACUGGAGGUAAGGGAAGAAAGUACAUUGGUGUGAAAACUUCUGCUAGUUUUAGGGCCAUGGAUAGGGCUUGUAGGAAGAACCCCAGGAUUCUGGGUCACAUCGCAUGUCCACGUAACACUGAGCAGCAGGCUGUCGUUCAGAGAUUAUCGGAGGAAAUGAUGGCUGAUGUUUGGCUUGGAGUUGACGAAUCUGGAGUGAGAUGUUCUAACGGAGACACGUUGGAUUAUGGAAACUUUGCUUCAGAGAGAGGCUCUGAUAGCACGGUCGUAAUGUCGUACAGCUCUGAAUCCUCACUACACGGACAAUGGAAGACUGCUGGUGGUAGAGCGUUUGGAGUAUGUGAACAAGAGUGUGAAGUCGGAAGUGACAGCUCAUGUGUCCCUGAUGACAUCUCCAGCGUUGGGAGAAGUACUCUGAGACUAGCUGAUGAAGUUAGGGGCUUGCAGUUCUCUGUUACCGAUGUCCCUGCUACCUAUGCCCAGGCGGUUGCUAGCUGUGAAGCUCAGGGUGGAUCCUUGGCUUGUCCCAGGAACUCGUGGCAUCAAUCCGCUAUAAAGUCUCAAAUCAGCACCUUGUCGUGGAUUGGUAUCACGGGACAGGAGAGAUGUCUUGAUGGAGAUAUGCUAGAUAUUACGAACUGGCAGGGAGCUUCCAGACCCAGAAAAGGGCUAGCAGCUAUCAUAACUCCUGACGGAAGAUGGAGCAUCGGUCCAGAGUCAGUGAGAUACUCAUACGUGUGUGAGAUUCCGUGCAAAGCAAGGGGAGUCAUAUCAGAUUGCAUUCCUCUGUCAUUCCCAGCUGAUCUUGAUGUAAAUGUCUUUAUUAGAGCUGCUCAAGUUGAUCUGAGCCCGUUACUAUUAGAAGCACUUGACAUCUUGAUCAUGGAGUUUGACGAAAGUGACCUCCUAACCAAACCAUGGGAAGCUAAAACUUUACCCGGCACAGAGGAGCCUCCCAUUCCAAUAGAGAUUGGUGGACGGCACAUUGACCGAGAGGGUGCUAUCUUCUCUGUUAUCUAUGAGAAGACUAAAUUCUGGGACGCUGUAGAUAGAUGCGAGGAGAUGAUGAUGAAGCUCGCGUGCCCUCAAAAUAACCUACAGCAACAAUACAUAACGUCCAAGAUUAAUGCCACAACUUGGUUGGGUAUCUCUGACACUACAACUGAGGGUUCCUUUGUAUGUAUGGACGGGAGUCAACAGAACUUUGAAGCCUGGCUUCCAACUGAGCCUGAUAACAAAAUAUGGGGAUCUCCAGAGGGAGAUUUCGUGUCCAUGAUCUACCUUCCAAACACCAAGUACCACGGCAGAUGGAUGGAUGAAACACCACAGGUUGAACACCACUACGCUUGUAGCAAGGAAUGCAUUGUGGGUAGUGCUAGGAACUGUAUCCCUAACAAUUUGUUACUGCCGGAGACAGCAGAACCUGGCACCUCUGCUCCUAUUACACUACCUGUCACUAACACUGAUUGGCCCACUGAACAGGUCUCUGGUGAUAUGGAAGAUAUGGCUGACAAAAAGGUUACCAAAGUGUACAUGAACACUGAGCCUGUUACAACGACAGAGAAAAUAUUUGAAACUGACGCGGUAAAUCCAACCGAAGUCCCAACACAGAAAGAUAAGAGCAUGACAUCAGGUUCCUCCAGUGAGACCUCCUUUACAAGUCUGAACGAUUAUCUGAUAACCUACUACAACAAUUCCCCAGGAAGAGUGUUCAAAUAUGUGAGCUCAUCCACUAAUUUCUGGGAUGCGGAGAUAAGCUGCUCUGAUAUGGAGAUGAUACUAGCGUGUCCUCAAAACAAACUACAACAAGGUACCAUCAACCAGGUUAUCAGGUCUACCUCCUGGUUAGGAUUUGCAGACUACUAUACUGAUGGAGAGUUCUUCUGUUUGAGUGGAGGUGAUGUACUGCAGUACACAAACUGGGGUCUGGAGCAGCCUGAUAACACCUAUAUGGAGGAGACGGAUGCUGACUUCACUGUUGUUGUGUACGAUAAGAACAGUCCCAACCAUCUGAAGUGGGAAGAUACAGGAAGUUAUGACUUCCCUGAACAUAUGUUUGGAUCUGUUUGUCAGAUGGAGUGUACUGUUGGAGAUAUGGACGGUUGUAUUCCUGACCAGCUGAGUGAGGAUGUGCCUGACCCUACGGUAUUCCUCCUAAGUAAGGAUGUUGAAUCUGACACAGAAGUUGAGGAUUCGUCUGAAUCACCUACAAAAUCUGUCACAAAACCUACAAAAUCUGUAACAGAAGGCACAAAAUCUGUAACAGAAGGCACAAAAUCUGUAACAGAAGGCACAAAAUCUGUAACAGAAGGCACAAAAUCUGUAACAGAAGGCACAAAAUCUGUAACAGAAGGCACAAAAUCUGUAACAGAAGGUACCAAUCCUGUUACUGAAGGCACCUCAGCCAGUGAUGACGAGAUGGCAACUGACCCCACAAGAUUCAGGACAGUUGACGGAGUAUCGGAGACACUUACCACUUACGAAACCAAACCUACCACCUCCCUCUUCAAGGAAAUUCAACUGGAGGACCUGGAGAAUGUCAAUACAGGCUCUUUCACCACUGAAGAACUUGUGACGGUUGAGCCAUCUCCAAAGUCAGUCACCCUCGUUAAAGUCAUGCUGGAGUAUGACAACUCUGAGAAAUACCUAGGAGAGCCAGGACAAGUGUUUGUCUACCAUCCAGUGCCCACACUGUACUACGAUGCUGCCUAUACCUGCUCCGGAAUGCCAGGAAUGGAGGAUAUGGAGGAGGGUAAGCUGGCUUGUCCUCUUAACUCCCUGCAGCAGUAUGCUGUCUCCGCUGUUAUUGAAGACAACACCUGGAUAGGAGUAACACGCACCGAACCAGACUCCUGGUCCUGUAACAACACUACCCUCUCCUACACUGAGUGGGCGGACACCCAGCCUGAUGACAAGUAUCUUGGCAGGAGUCCAGCUAACUUAGUCUACCUCUCUGUUGCUGACCAGGGAAAGUGGGCAGAUGGAGGAACUGAAGAGGACUACACGGGAAUAAAGUUCGCGUUUAUGUGUAGUUAUCCGUGUGUAGUAGGGGAGGAUGAGGGGUGUAUACCUGACAAGUACCCAGGACAACAGACAACUGUGGUAGUUCACAGCUCCACUACUGAUAAGAUGGAGAAGGAGAUGAGGGAGGGAGGAGCAGAUGAUUCAACCUACUCUCCUUCACUCGACCUCAGCCAAGUUAUGGAGUUGCUAACAACCAGCUAUGACGGGUAUUACGGUAAGAGAUUCGUUGUGGGCGGAGCUGGCAAGGACUUCUUUGCGGCUUCAAACAUCUGCCGAGACUUGGGAGGAAGUCUCCCCUGUAUCCAGAACAUAGUACAGCAGGAAGUUGUAGCAGGGCUGAAUAACGGCUCCCUCUGGUUGGGUGGUAUUGACUACUACGAGGAGGGAGUUUGGGAGUGUGAGAGUGGUGACAGUCUCCUCUGGACUAACUGGGCUGACGGACAACCUGAUGAUCUGUGUGACGAAGAGGAUGAAGCUGACUUCACUUACAUGGGUAGAGAUGGCAAGUGGAGGGACUGUGGUUCCAAUACUUUCUGGGAGUAUAAACGUGGUGUUAUAUGCUCUAUUGACUGUCAAGUAGGAGUUGAUGACGACUGUGUGAUAUCUGAACAGAUGACAGUGUCCGAGGAGGGUGUGAUUGAGGUACAGACCUCUACCACUUCCACUACCUACGAGACAGUGUACGGUCACUACUUUGAGUAUGUUGAGGAGGCAACAGACUUCUUUAGUGCAAGUAGGACGUGUUAUGACCAAGGUGGAAGUAUAGCUGUACCCAUGAACCAGGAGGAACAGAACUACCUCCAGUCCAACAUAAAAUCUGAGGCGUUCGUGGGAGUGGCAGAUUAUUACGAAGAAGGAGACUACUUCAGCAGCUCCGGGAACGAAAUAACCUACACUAACUGGGCUGAGGGAGAACCAGACAAUAUGUACAUGACAGAGGAUGACGCUGACUUUGUGGUUAUGAGCUUCAGUCCGGACGAGCCCGAACUACACGGCAAAUGGUCCACUAAGGGUUCCACCACAUUCUGGGAGCACUCCGCGUCCUACUUCUGCGAAUUCAGCUGUACCCCAGAUGACAGAGACGACUGCAUGGUGUACCAAAUCUAAGGAUAAGACUCUUUUAUCACAGAUAUUUUUAACUGAACUGUCCAAAUUAACCCUUUAUUUAUACCUGGGUUUGAUACGCAGGGAAAUUUGUUUGGUUUCCACUUAAACAGACAAGGGACUUGACGUUCCAUAGUAUGUGGAAUUUCCAAAGACUAUUUAAAUGAAAUUGGUUGUAUAAUUAAUGAUACUUUCGUAUUUCUGAUAAUGACCUUUUUUGACGUUGACCCCGUUUAUAAUGGGAUUCUAUAUUCGCAGACCCCCGGAUUAUUUAAAUUUGACCCUAUUGAGUUGCAAUUGAAUCUAUUGCAAUUGUUUUUAUCACUACUUUUGAAAGCUCCAUUAUUUUGCGGAGCAAAUGUUGAACCUAAAUAUGUAAUAUCUCAUCAUUCUGUACUUGAUUUAUAAAGUUUCUC